AUGAAGAUGCAUGAGAAAUAUGGGCCUAUUGUUCGGAUAAGCCCCCAUGAGCUUCACAUAAAUGAUCCCGAGUACUAUGAGAUUCUCUACUCUCGAGACAGCCCUCGCGACAAGUAUUCUUAUUAUACGGGACAAUUUGGUACGCCUAUGGCUGCAAUUUCCACCAAGGAACACGCCCACCAUCGCCUUCGCCGUUCGAACAUGAACCCUUACUUUUCCAUGGCCCGCAUUCGCCAGUUGGAACCUUCCAUUAAAACGCUCGUGGAUAAGCUCUGUGCCCGAUUAAAAGAGUUACAAGGUACCGGAAAGCCGAUCGUGGCACAAUAUGCCUAUACUUGCUUUUCAACUGAUGUGAUAUCGGACUACACCAUGGGAAGCGGGUUUCAUUAUCUAGACGAGCCUGAUUUCAUUCCUCAUUGGAGCGAAACUUUGAGUGCAAUCGCCAAAGCCACCGUCUUUUUCAAGCCAUACCCAUGGCUUUUUUACUGGCUGAGGGCCCUUCCAGAAUCCCUGGUUGGUAAAAUGGAGCCGGGAAUGAAAUUGUUUUUUGUUUUUCGCCGCCGCUGCGAGGCACUAAUCAAAACAGUUAUUGACGAGCACGACUCUCCUGAUUAUGAUGAAAAGCGGAAGUCAUAUGGCCAUCCCACAUUUUUCCAUGACAUUCUUGACAGUGACCUUCCACCUGAGGAGAAGGGGCCUGAAAGGCUAUCCCAAGAAAUCCAAGGUGUCAUUGGUGCUGGCUCCGAAACCGUUGCCAAAACAUUAAGCUGGCUUACCUAUUAUCUACUUGCAAAUCGAGAUAAACUAGAUAAGAUGCUAGAAGAGUUAAAUAGAUUAGAUCCUGAUCAAAUUGCUACCGCAGCGGAGCUGGAACAAAUGCCUUAUCUAACGUCAGUGAUGUUAGAAGGUCUACGCCUAUCGUAUGGGGUUAGCACAAGGCUUCAAAGAAUCGCGCCUGACCGCAAUCUUCAAUAUAAAGAAUGGUCGAUUCCAGCUGGUACUCCUGUUGGCAUGACAAGUGUGAUGAUGCAUCACAACGAAAGGAUAUUUCCAGAUUCAUACAAGUUCCUCCCUGAAAGAUGGAUGGACUCCCAACAACGAAAAUACCUAGAAAAAUAUCUAGUUGCUUUCAGCAAAGGAUCGCGACAGUGUGUUGGUAUCAAGUACGAUGUCCUCCUGCCGCUUUCUUCUACAUACGUUCCAAAUUCUAAUAAGUUUCAAAACAGUCUUGCGAGGGCCGAAUUACUUCUUGCCCUUUCCACGCUAUUCCGGAACUUAAAACUUGAGUUGUUCGAAACAACACGUGAAGAUGUUACGCUUGCCCAUGAGCUCUUUCUCCCUUUCCCCAAAAUUGGAAGCAAGGGGGUGCGGAUACUUGUUGUAGAUUGA